AUGGGUUGGCUACUAUAUCGUCUGAUGUUUUCAUCGUUGAGCAAGAUUCCAGGGCCAUGGUAUACCAACCUGAGUGUUCUUUUUCUGGUAUACCAUGAGUACAGGGGCUCGAAACGACUUUGGAUUCACAACUUGCACUUGAAAUACGGGAAAUCUGUACGCAUAGCUCCAAAUGAACUAUCUUUCGCCAGCGCGACCGCGAUAAAAGAGAUUUAUACAUCUGCAGGUGGCUACGCCAAGACUGAGUUAUACUCUCUUUUUCAACAUGGGCCUCACAGGAAUCUUUUCACGGCCCUCGAUAAGAAAGAACACAACGAGAAAAAAAAGAGACUAGCGGAUCGGUACUCAAACUCAGCAGUCCUUCAGCCAGGGAUACAGGCGCUCCUGCGUGAUCGAGCAGACGCAUUUGCCAGGGUUUGUGCCGAAAAGAAAACUUUAGAUGUCUAUUUAUAUCUACAUUGCUACGCCCUGGAUUGUGUCAGUGCUAUUGCUUUUGAUCCAUAUGGCACGAGGUCUAUCGAAGAAGGCAAUGACAACGAUAUGGUUCGUCAUCUCUCGUAUCAUAACAGCCGCCCUGGUUUGGUAAUCAGACAUUAUCUACCCUGGUUGCAUCGCUUCUACAGCCGAUUUGAUACACGGUCUCAGAAGGGUGGUGAAAUGAUCGACGAAUAUGCUUGGGCAUCCAUUCGAAAAGAACCUCAUUCGGUCUUCACCCUUUCCACACGACUACUCCAGUACCCUGAGAUAGGGACGGGAAACAUGGUGGCCGAAUGCCUAGAUCAUAUCGGUGCGGGUAUUGACACAACUGGCGACGCACUAUGUUUCCUAAUGUGGGAAAUAUCUCAACCCCACAAUAGCAAAAAGAUGCAACGCCUGUGCGAAGAGUUGCGAAUGUACAGCCUAGAAAAUGGAGAUACACUCAUCGACCUACCCUACCUAAAUGCUAUAGUUCAAGAGACAAUGAGACUUUGGGCUCCAGGAACACAGUCUCUGCCUCGGUACGUGCCUGAUGGUGGCCGAUGCAUUGACGGUCACUUUGUUCCAGGCCAUACAAUUGUCAGCGCUCAGUCAUUUACAGUCCACCGAAUGGACCAGACGAUCUUUCCCGAUUCGGAAGCUUUCAACCCCGAGCGCUGGCUUGAGAUUGAAGGGAAAGUUGAGAGGCAACGUUUGAUGUUUGCGUUCGGUUCCGGUGCCAGAACAUGUCUUGGUAAAUUUCUCGCAAUGUCAGAAAUGAGACUUCUUCUGCAUGCUGUCUAUUCAAGAUUCCGUACCCGACCUGCGGAUGACAUGAACGCAUCGAUGGAAAUGUCGGAUCAGUUGAUGACAUCACGGCCAAAGGACAUGCUAUGCAAACUUACCUUUGAGCCCAUUGAGCUUUGA